AUGAAGAACCCUACUACUAGCUCCUGGAACUUCGGUAUCUCUCGCAACGACGUUGAAAAGCUCCUCAGAGGCUUCAAGCCGGCAGCAAUGGAGGACCGCUGGAUGUGCCGCGCGGAUGCGCCAAAAGCGCGUGGCGACUUUGUGGUGCAUGUGCACAGGAGCUGGACUGGGGAUGAAGUGCUUCGCAUGAACGUGGCCUUGGCGGUUCCGGAUGGGGACAAGGCGUGGGCACUCACCGAUGAAUAUCAGGCCACGAUAACCGACCUCACUUGGGACAGGGGAGAAGGCUCGUUCCUCGCUACCGAGUUAGAGGCCAAGGACCUAGCAACUGCUCAGACGAUCUACUGCUGCACCUCCAACGAGAUGGAGCAGGUUGUGCCGGAGAUAGACGAGACAGAGGUCUGCUGCCAGAGUUCUGGAGGUAGCAUGCGGGAUCUGUUCCUAUUCUCGCACGUGUACUUCCUCGUCAUCAUCUUCACGUCUACGGCGGCAAUCCUGGCGUGCACCACGAUCUUGGUGACCCUGCCCUCGUUUGUCCUUGCGCGGACCUUCAAGGUCGUGUUGGUGGGCAUGCCGGUCUACCAGCUGCAGUCAAUCUCCACGAUGUCCUCCUAG